AUAAUCAUUCGAAUAAAUACUGCGCUAAACUUUUACCAUAGCUUUAUUUUGGAAGCAAUUUUUUCCAAAUAAAAGAUAAAAAACAUCGUUACAUUUUCAUAUUACAGUAAUCAACGCCUAACCUUCAACCUUACACUAUUUAUUCCUUUCCCUUCAAUUUUGGAACCCACUUUUUGCCACCAAUUUCACCAGCAAAAAUUCCGAACCCCAGAAAAAUAUGGCAUCACAAAAACCUCCUUCUUCAUUACCUCAAAACCCAGAAUUAAGGAAAGACAAAAUCAACAACAAAUGGGUUGUUUUUUCUCCAGCAAGAUCCAAACGCCCUUCUGACUUCAAGUCCAAAUCCCCUGUUUCAGACCCCAAUCAAAAUCAGUCGCAGACUUGUCCUUUUUGUAUUGGGCACGAGCGCAAAUGUGCCCCGGAGAUUUUCCGGGUUCUGGAUGACUCGGAUUCUUACUCUAAUUGGAGAAUCCGAGUCAUCCAGAACUUAUAUCCCGCUCUUAGCAGGGAUAUACAACCCCACAAUCCGGGUCUACUGAACCCGGAUUGUGGGGUUGUCCCCGGGUUUGGGUUUCAUGAUGUUGUGAUUGAGACAACCACACAUCCUGUUCAUUUAUCUGAUCUUCCCGGGUCCGGAGUUGGGGAGGUUUUGAUGGCUUAUAGAAAGAGGGUGCUUCAAAUUGCUUCUUUUGAUGGCAUCCAAUAUAUUCAGGUGUUCAAAAAUCAUGGAGCUUCUGCUGGAGCGUCAAUGAGCCACUCUCAUAGUCAGAUAAUAGCUCUUCCAAUUGUUCCCCCUUCUGUAUCUACUCGCCUUGCAGCUAUGAAAGAGCAUUUUGAGCAGACAGGGAACUGCAUCCUUUGUGAGAAGUUACCGAAAGAGCUUCUUAUUUAUGAAUCAAGACACUUUGUUUCGGUUGUUCCAUAUGCUGCAAGCUAUGCCUUUGAGAUUUGGAUUAUUCCGCAGUUUCACUCUGCUCAUUUCCAUGAUAUAGAUAAAGAAAAGGCAGACGACCUUGGUGGAUUACUCAAACUUAUGCUGGAAAAGAUGGCUUUGCAAUUAAACAACCCACCAUUUAACUACAUGAUUCACACAUCUCCUCUGCGGAUUGAUGAUUCACAAUUGAGCUGCAGUCACUGGUUUCUACAGAUAGUCCCUCAGUUGACUGUGUUAGCUGGAUUUGAAAUCGCAACUGGAUGUCAUAUUAAUCCAGUAUUUCCUGAAGAUGCCGCAAAGAUAUUGAGAGAAGUUGACGUUGAAGACACUGAACAGAUUUUCAAAGAAGUUAAUGUUGAAGAUUCUGAGAUACCAAAAGAAGUUUAGGUUGAUUGUUGAGAUGUGGACUCGAGUAUGGAAAAGAGUAGCUUGAGAUGAUACGAAGUGUCAUUUUUUGGGUGAAUAAAAAUGUAAGCACUCCAUUUGUUUCAAAGUUAUGAUACGUGAUUUUAUAAUGUCUUGACUAUAUACAAUAUACAGUACUAGUUUAAGGGCGUGUUCGGCACUA